AGGGGGCAGCAACGUGCCUUUAUGGCGUUGAGUCGGGCGAAUAUCCUCACAGAGGAAGACGCAGCCUCACGGUUCCAGUCGAGGCGCCAUUUCACUACUCAUUCAUUGGCGUCUAGGCCUGUUUCACUUUCACCGGUUCCACAGAGUGUCAGUCAUGGUGAAAAUCUUCAUCGGCAAUCUUGCCUGCGACACCAGUGCAGACGAGCUGCGACGCCUCUUUGAAAAGUAUGGCAAAGUCACAGAAUGUGACAGACUCAAAAACUUCGGCUUUGUGCACAUGAGUAGCUUGUCCGAGGCUGAAACGGCCAUUCGGAACCUCAACCAGCACCAGCUGAAUGGCUGGCGCAUGAAUGUGGAGCUGAGCAAAGGCAAGCCGAAGUCCAGCACCAAGCUGCACGUAGGCAACCUAGGGGAAGGGGUUACCACUGACAUUUUGCGGGCCAAGUUUGAAGAGUUUGGCUCUGUUGUGGAAUGUGAUGUAGUGAAGGACUAUGCCUUUGUUCACAUGGAGCGAAUGGAAGAUGCCAUGGAUGCCAUUAAUAAGAUGGACAACACUGCCUUCAAAGGCAAACUGAUGAGCGUACAACUGUCCACCAGUCGGCUUCGCACUGCCCCGGGAAUGGGAGAUCAUACCGGAUGCUUUGUCUGCGGGAAACAUGGUCACUGGUCGAAAGACUGUCCAGUCGAUCGCAACAAUAGCCACAAUGACGACAUGAGAGGUCACAAUGGCCGGGGCCCUCCACGCGGUCCCCCAGGUUACGGAAGGGGCGGCCACGGAAUGGCCGGCGCGCCAUCUGAUUACAUGCCUGGCUCUGCGUAUAGCCGGGCAAGUUAUGGCGCUGAGAUGCCGCCCCCUCCCCGGAGGCCUGGUGGCUCUGAGGUGGGGGAUCGGUACGGUGAGAGGUCAUCAGUUUACAACCGUGACCGUGCUUAUAGUGGUGUUGACUACUAUGAGAAGUACAGAGCUCGCCCUUUCGGCUCAAGCUAUUUCGAGGAUCGCCGCAUGUCCUAUAUCCCCCCUCCCCCUCCUCCUCCUCCUCCCCCCUCUACCCUCUCAAAGUUCUCGGGUAUGGAUCCGUACAACCGGCGCCCCCCGCCUCCUCCAGUGCCAUCCGCUUCCGCCGCGGCUUACUAUGCGAGAGAGCACAACCCAAUCAGCCGAGUACCCAUCUCCUCGGCCGGCUACGCCUAUGAGCGAAAACGUCUGUCGCCCGUGUCUGCGGCCAGGGGCCCGUAUCCGGUGCCACGGCCCAAGGAGCACUAUGUGCCACGCUACGCGCCUUACUAAAGCCCAAGGUAAGCAACAUGUGCUUGAAAAACUAAUGUUCUAAACAGCAGUACAAGCAUGUGAUCUUUCUUUUUAAGUUUGUAGGGACUACCAGACUUUUCCGUGGCGGUCAUUUCGUCAAGCUUCCUGACUCAUCAGUCCGCGUCGUUUUUGGAAAAUUCAGAAUGGAAAUUGUACCAACACCUGCAGCACCUCGAGUACCGUUUUUUUGUUGUUGUUGCAGAUUGUCAGCUCAGCUACAUUUAUACAUAUAGUUUUCAAUAAGAAUAUUGUCCACGAUCUUUUAUCUGUACAUUUCUGGCUUGGUUUGAGGCUGUUCAGCUCACUUUUAUCCAUGUCUUCUUUUUUUUUACGUUUUUGUUUUAUUUGUUUGAAGCAGCAUGAAAUCUACAUUUAUACAAGCAUCACCGCUAAAUGUUUCAAGAUGAAAAUUUACAUUUUAAUGGGUUAGUAAAAGCUCCUUGACUUGUUCUGUUUUGGUUGUAUAAAUGUGGCUGUAGAUUCAAACUUAUUUCAACGCGAUCUGUUUUUUUGGUUGUGUUUUUUGUUUUACAACUAGAAGUUAGUACAAAGUUGUUUUCCUAUUCUACUUUGUUCAUCAAGGAUUUAUUUUUUUCGAAGGGGCACAUGAUGGAAUGGACCGUGCCUCACUGAAUACCACUUAAAAUCAUCCCAUGCCAUCAAUUCUCCCUGAACUACAGUGAGGACAAUUUAGACAUUCCAGCCUCUCUCAUUUAUUAAUGUGUGUUGACAAAAUUAAAAUUUUAUAUCCCUUUUUUGAAGUGACAGUUGUUGAAAUAAAGUGUCAUUGAGUGACAGCCAGAUGUGUGUGAUACAUGUAGCAUGUUUACUUUUUUUCAAUUCACAAAUCUCAAUAUGUUGUCUUUGCAAGUACCAAUAAUUACAGGGAGCUGUGAUGAGGGACUCAGGGCUUGGAGGAAUAUCAAGGGGCACUUUUUGUUCCUAAGGUGUCAUUGUUUUGCAUAUAUUCUUGGUGGAUAUUUCAAUAUUGUAUUUUUUUAUACUAGCUGUAACAGUUACAAAGUAAGUGGGCACAUUUUGCAAUAAA